AUGGAGGGCCAUCAGCUGGAAGAGUCCAUCUGUCGUGCUCUGGAGAAAACGCCACGCCUACGGAAAAAAUACCAGAGGCCAAAUCUAGCAAGCGACCGGCUUUACCGAAGUCACAUCGUCCAUCCACCGGAAGGCAGAUCGGAUUACCAUGAUUCCUUACUGGAUAAACUGCCCAUUGCGACUGACGCCGGGUUUGACACGUUCGACGAUCGAGACGAAGUGGAAUGUCUCCAAGGCACUAGGGUCGAUCUCCUCCAGCAGAUAAUGGAAUGGGCUAUGUCGCCAUCCCAAAAAAGCAUUUUCUGGUUAAAGGGAAUGGCCGGGACAGGAAAAUCCACAAUAUCUCGGACUGUGGCCAGGUCGCUCAAGGGCACUAAUCGUCUAGGUGCUAGCUUCUUCUUUAAGAGGGGUGAAGGGGACCGAGGGAGCGCGAAGAAGUUUUUCCCGACAUUAACAAGGCAACUGAUGUUCAGAAUUCCUGAGCUGAGGUCUGGCGUGCAGAAGGCACUCGAUCAUGACCCUGACAUUGCGUCAAAAUCGCUCAGGGAGCAGUUUGAAAACCUACUCCUUCAACCGCUGCUUGAUCUGGAUCAACUCGAUCGACAAUUUCAAACCGCUGUGAUAGUGAUCGACGCUUUGGACGAAUGCGAACGUGACCAAGAUGUCCGAAACAUUAUUCAAUUACUGCCUCUUUUACGGAAAGCAAAGUCAGUUCGUCUUCGGAUCUUCUUAACUAGCAGACCCGAACUCCCAAUCAGCCUCGGCUUUUCAGAGAUCGCGGAUCAUGGGUAUCAGGACCUAGCUCUUCAUGAGAUACCCGAAGAGGUAACAGAACGUGACGUACAUUUAUUCCUACGGGACCGGCUUUCGAAGAUCAGACAGGAACAAUCACUUCCUCUCGAUUGGCCCGGAGACACUAUUAUUCAGGCUCUUGCCACAAUCUCUGUUCCGUCAUUCGUAUUCGCCGCUACUGUGUGCCAUUUCCUCGAAUUCGAUCCAGUUCUAAGACUCACCAAGAUCCUUCCACAUCUUGGUGACGAGUACAAUGAAGCCGAUAUUCCCGCUUUGAAUCGACUGCUCAACAAACACAGUGAAUCUACAAGGCGGCAGAAAUGGCAUCGUGAGACCCAAGCUGACACGAAGAGCUCAAUGUGUGAACAAAGUGACAUUGAAAGCAUUUUCUCCACAGAUUCCUUCUUGUCUUCCCAAUCAUCUCAGGGCGAAAUCACAUCAAUCGCUAUAUCUGAGUUGACCCAUUUACUACUGAAUGACGACGAAUUGAUGCUUCUAUAUCCAAUGGCUAUCUCAAGGGUUGGUCCCGAUAGAUUUCAAAGGAACUUUGCGCGCAUCUUGAGAAAUUAUGGGCGGAGCUUGAAUGGCGAGGCUUCAAAUGAACUUCAACGCCAAGCGGCACAUUUUGUUCGGCAGUCUGCGCGGCGGACAGCGGCUCAAAUUCGCUUGUCGCUCAUGCAAGAUAGCGGCGAACUUCCCAUAGGAAAGAAUCUGGAAUUGGAUGUAUCGAAGUCGGCUCGAGUCAACGCGUGGAUAGAGUCACUGACGGGAGGUCGUCCGAAUUCUGAUGCUGAUGCUGAUGCUGAUGCUGAUGCUGAUGCUGAUGCUGACAAAUUGUCUGCGGACAGCGAUUCAGAUAGUUCGGAAAGCUAUCAGCGAACCCCAUUCGGCACCCUUGAACAGGUGAAAGACUUCAUGAUAUCAACGAAAGCGUUUCCCGGUCUACGCCAAGAAUUUCGAGACUGGUUGGAAGUCAAAAGGAAAGAUAGACGUAAGGAUCUGAACCAAAAGAUUGAGGUGUCUCCUGCAGUCCACGAAGACUGCAGUACCUCAUACCCAAACAUCGGAGAAGGUUAG